UGGGAAACAACACGGGAUCACACACACUACAGUUGAUUGUGGCUGUACAUUCACAAUGCAUCAGGAGUGGGAAUCAGUAUACACUCACCCGGGGGCGGUUAACCCGAUUAGUGAACACUAUACCCACUUACCCACAUCGGUUCUGUGGAGGGAACGAGUCGGAGGCCCAGACAUCCACGGACAGAUUAUCCUAAUCUGACGAGAGUGGCUGGUAAUCCGGAGUCAGGAUUAUAGCACAGGUCGGUAUUGACUGCCGAGGCAUAUAUCACACUGACUGACUGGUGUCUUGGUGGAGGCCUUUCAGAGUGUUCGUAUGUCAGUACAUUUAGUGUGCUAACCGGGCUAUAUAAACAAACAACCCACAUUUCAUGUACUAAUUGUGCGAUAAACCCAAACUAAAGGACUCUGUCAUCCAGCUGCCCAAUAGAACACCCAUCUUGGUGGUCGAUAGUCAGGUAGCCCUAUAUUGCGAUCCUCUCCCUUCAGGCAUACGACAACAUGUACCUGAUAAGGGGUUGACGAGACGUGGUUCUGGCUCAACAUAUCGCCUUCGUGACUCAUCGCCUACCAACAAUGCCGGUGGCCGUGGAGAAGAAGGUGAUGUUCUCACCCGAGUGUCUGGAGAAGUCACCAGACAUCAACGCCAAUUCUGUCAUCUUCCAGACACUGGUGCCUCGACGCCGGAGAGACCGCUUCGGCCGUGACACAACAAGCCAGUCUGAUUAUCUGCUGUCUGCUACCCUAUUUCCCACCGGGGUCAGGGCGCCUGCUCUGGAGGAGCUACAACAGAAGUGUGGACCCAUCAGUCGACUUGAUAACCCCAGAGAAACCUCCAGGAGGGUAAUAGCGCCGGAAUCUUGGCCUGGGUCAGGGCCGAAGGUGCUCGCCCUGCGGAAAGGGAAGGAAAGCCCGCCUGACAGCCACCGGUCAUCGCAGAACAGAUCUGAAGCUUUGUCAUGCAACUUCCGGUCAUACCAUUGGUCACAGAUGCUGAAGAAGAAAGACGUCCGAGAUCCUAUGUAUAUCAAUACAUACUGUCCAGAUGAAAGACCGCUUCGGUUCAAGGAAACGUCAUUCCCGCGGAUAUCCAAGGGCAGACCAUGGUCGGUCGGGGAAUCUAAUCCUUCGAAACGAUUUGUGAGGGUGAGCAAUGAAAGGAAGAGUGCUGGCCAGCUGACGAGUAAAACCAGGGUUCAAGGUACGCCAUUGCACCGGUCCAAGGAGGCGUUCCACACGGCCAGUAACAAGGAGGACAGUGAACAGUAUUUUGAAGUGAAGCAUGUGUCAGCUCAGAAAAGUCGAUCCCGGGGACAGGAGGCGUGCAUGUACUCGCAGGUUCGUCAGUGUAUAAGACUGGCGAGAAAUCAUGAUCUAACACACAGGAAAAGGACUGAGCGUCCGAUGAAAUCUGAGAUUGGCAAAUACAGACCGUUCUCCACAACCCGGAUCCGCACCCCAUGUGUCUCCCCACAGCCACACUACACGUACAAGGAGCAAGAUUCAGCGGACACGUAUAGAAAUUACGUCAUAACGAAAGCACUUCAAACCAGGAUGAGCGGGUCAAGGUCAGCGGGCACUAUCGCCAGUGGGGUCGUGGCCCGUAACAACACCGCCGCAUCUACGUAUUUUGAUGUCGAGUCACAAGUGGUUCAAUCAGUGGCCGAUAGCAACAUGCCAGACAGUGACUCUAAAACAACAAGUGGAAUGUCUCAUGACUCAGAGUUGGGACCAACGUCCAGACACUCACAUGACCCCUUGACUAUAGGGCUGGACGUUCGGGGGUCCACCAUCGUCCCACCUAAGUCCAGCAAAUCAAAAGCAUCAGACUCAGAUUAUUCAGAAAGACCAGUGGUGACAUUCAGCCCCAAGAAAGAAGUGAUUACAAACAAACGCCGCGAAAGAUCCAAGACGUCCACCAAGUCGGGAAUAAGUGGUCACAGUGACGUGAGCAUCCCGGCAGAGGAGCUGACCAACCCUCGCGAGGAGGAGGAGGACAUCCUCCCCGAACCCGUCACCAUCCAGCUGGACGAGAGUGGAAACCCCACCAUCUGGCAACAUGACCCCACCCCACGGGACAGUCCGGACUCCGGAGUCAUCAAAAUCCCUGCUGCAAUGUCCAUGUUAAGUAUAGAGGACACGGAGGACACAGACACCCAUGAUGAAGGCUGCUUGUGAGUCGAUGUCCUCUGUGAGACCCUGGCACUCACUGAUUAACACGACCUUAAGGCUGGAUUAGCCAUGUGGACAAUGACAAUCAUCUUCAGAAGAUGGUGUAUUUGUUAUAUUAUCUUCACAGUUUAUUUAUAGUUUGUUUAAAGAACAAAUAAACUUUUGUUUUUUGUACUCUUUUAACCAUUAUAUAUGAAAGACGUGUGGUUAGUCAUAAGCGGGACACCACAUUCGUUCUUAAAAAACUUGUUAACUAAUACCGAGCGAUUAAAAGUUGCCAAAAAGUCGCCUGCUUUUCUCUCGUCCGCCAACGAAACCACAGAGAGGUUACCUAACUCUGUCGCCGGAGCACUGCAGCGAACCGGAGGUGACUACAUGUGAGGAAGGAUGUUCAGUUAGUUGUAUAUAUAGUGUGUAAAAAGCUUUAAUGACGGAGUUUUAUUUAUAACGAUGCCAAUUAGUGAUUUAUGUAUUUGUACCCCCUUAAGAGUAUAUGUGAUCUUUAAAAGCAUCGAAAUAUAUGACGUCCAUAUUUUACUUGAUUCUGAAUUCUGAUAACGUAUAUGGGAAGGAAAUCGUAGAUUAAUAGUUGAGGUUUUUAACGACCUCUCCCAGUUGAGAACUAUGUCAGAUGUCCGGGAUGGUCCUCCCGCUGACCAGUUGACGUGUACAGUUACACGUGCACAUACACCUCCGUGUUUCAGAUGUGUAGUGUUGUGGUACAUCAACGAACUUCCAUAUACCUGUAUUUUAAUAAUUGAUGGUAAUGUAAAGCAAUAAACUGUGCAUACGA